UUGACACAGUUAACAGAGCUUAUAGACUUCCUCGGUAUACAGGAUGAGGAUCUGUACAAUAUAGAGGAGACUAGCAUCCAGAUUAGCAUUUUGAAGAGGCAGGCUCUCUACAUGCAACAUGGACGCAACGUCCUUAUCCCAACGUCUAACAAUCAAGCAACCAUUAUCCUUGUAGAGUGUAUUUCCGCGCCUAGCUCUAAAAUAGCACCUGCGAUUAUCGUUGACGGCACAUCAAUUCUCGAUUAUUAG